CUUUGUUUUUAUUUAUUGUGCUUCUCUACAUUCCUUGCAUUGUGUCAUGCAUUUCUCAGCGAUUGGCGGUUUUGCAAAAACGGUCGGUUUGACUUGGUGUUUUCUUUGGUUAAAAAGGAUUGGAUUGGAUUGGGCUGGCAGCACAUAUUAGGAAAGGUAUGGGGUAUAUUCGGGCUGGGCUGGUCUACAUUCGUUGGGUUUUCUCUUUUUGUUUGAGUGCACUCUUAUGUAUCUACAUGUUUCGGGUUUGUCUUGUUACCGGUGCACAUAGACUUGGUUACAGAAAUGAAAAGUCGCUUGCUACUUAUUCGAUCCUUGGUUAUCAUAACCGUCCUUAUACAGAUACUCGGACAACCUCAGCUUCAAACAUUCAAAACUGUCGCCUCAUCCUCACCGGAACAGGCCUAUUCAUCCCCAAAGUCCCAAACUCAAACCCCUUAAUAUCCAUCCCCAGCGCGCAAACAUCUGCAAGGGCCUCAUCAUCACCACCGCUGUAUAAACCAUCUCCCGUUUCGCAAAAUACCGCCCCGGGCACAUUCGCGGGAUCCCGCCGUACGGGAUCUAGAGACCUUCGAAAUCAUCUAGUACGAAUCUUGGUCCAGUCCCAGUCCCAUGUCCAUGUCCAUGUCCAAAACCAGGUCCAGGUUCAGGUUCAAAAUGUCUUUCUUUCCCAGUGACUGUCCGGCCGUUCCUAGGCCCGCUCCCUGCAACACCGGGAAUCUUAGAGAACCACUCAGCCCAGAAGCCAUCGACAUUGUUCAUCGUUAUACACAUUUGUAUGCCACACUCGAG